UGUGAGAGAGAGAGAGAGAGAGAGAGAGAGAGGCGGCGGGCGCUGGAGGGGGGGGGGGCGGCGGCGGGCGCUGGAAGGGGAGCGGGGCAGGGCGGCCGCGGGAGCGGCGAGCUGGGAGAGGGAGCAGCAGAGAGGACGCGGGCGCGGCGGCGGCAAAGAGUGAAGUGAGCGGCGGCGACGGCAGCUCGGGGCCGGGCGAGGAACGAAGCGGCGGCGGCGGGGGCGACGGACUCUGGGCGCUGGGCGCUGGGCUUGGGGCGCGGGGCGCAAGGGCGGCUGGCCGGCGGGCCGCUCGGUGGUCUCGGGCGAGCAUGCGGCGGGCGGCGGGAGCCAGAGCCCCAGCCCGAGCCCCAGUGGGAGCCCGCUCUCUGCGCGCCUAGAAGCGGGCGUUCCCGCCCCACCGGCCGGCAGCCCCCGGUCCCCCUAGUCGCCCCGGAGCCGGGACAACUGUUGCGGCGGCGGCACCCCGGGGGCAUCUCGGGGGCGUGGGCGGCCCGCGCCCCACCAGGCGGCUCCCGGCGGCAGAGAGCAGCAGCCAGCGGCGGCUAGAGGCAGCUCCCUGCAGAUAGAUGCCAGCCAAAUGAUGACCAGCAGUGGCCAGCAGUCCCUGAAUGUGCUCGCUGUCCUCUCGGUGCUGUUUUCCACAGUCCUGUCCGCACACUUCCGGGUCUGCGAGCCGUACACAGACCACAAAGGCCGCUACCACUUCGGCUUCCACUGCCCCCGGCUGUCAGAUAACAAGACCUUCAUCCUCUGCUGUCACCAUAACAACACGGUCUUCAAAUACUGCUGCAACGAGACGGAGUUCCAGGCGGUGAUGCAGGCCAACCUCACGGCCGGUUCCGAGGGCUUCGUGCACAACAACUACACGGCCCUGCUGGGGGUGUGGAUCUACGGCUUCUUCGUGCUGACGCUGCUCGUCUUGGACCUUUUAUACUACUCGGCGAUGAACUAUGACAUCUGCAAGGUCUACCUGGCUCGCUGGGGCCUGAACGGACGCUGGAUGAAGCAGGACCCCAGGCGAUGGGGGAACCCUGCCCGGGCACCCCAGCCCCAGCCUCCCCCGGGCUCCCAGCCGCAGGCCCCCCAGGCCGUGCACACGCUGCAGGGGGACGCCCACAGCCCACCGAUGGCGGCCUUCCAGUGCUCAUCAGCCUGAAAAACCCUUUUGCUGUGCCUCAGGAUGGAGGAGGGGAGGCGCCAAGCCUCCAAGGAGAAGAACCACAUCAACAGGGGUGUCCAGGAGAUCGGAGGUGGCCACAACGGCAACAGAGGAGAUGCCACCUGUGCCCUAAACCCCCUGCCACAGACUUCCAAGACAAGGAGCAAGCUCAGGGGUGGGGGCUGGGGGUAGCUGGGAGGGGGCUGCGAGCUCCCUAUCCAAAAGCAAUAGUCCCAUUCUGGGCUGGUGGCUUCCAAGAGGGGACGCCCUGAGGACUCAGGCUGACCACAGGAAGCUGCUCUGACUGCUGGGGUCAAAGAGGUCAGGGGCCCAUGCUUGUUGCAUGUAGCCCUCACCCCACACCCUCCAGCUGUGGCCAGGGGGACCCUCGAUAUCAGAAUACUGAGUGUGAGAGAGAGAGAGAGAGAGAGUGUGUGUGUGUGUGUGUGUGUGUGUGUGUGUGUGUGUGUGUGUGUUCCAUGCGCAAGUAUGUGUGUAUGAUUCGGGGCAUUCUUUUUGUUUGUCUGGUUGAUUGUUUUUUCUCUGAUGGGCACAGGUCACCAGGGUAAGGUCCCCACCAGAAUCUGGGCUACAGCUUCUUGCUGUAGCUGGUAGUUGGCAACCAGCUGGAGUGGGGAGCAGGAAGACGUCCCUGGGGAGUCAGGGAGCACUAGGGAUCUGAACACACCAGAGGGUAAGGGAGUCAGUUCUUACAGCAUUCAUCUCCAGGACAAUAGGAAUAAUAAGGAUCAUAGGUCCAGCUGUCUAGGGGGGCCACCUCCUCUCACUACUGGGAGAGGUGCUAUGAGCCCCCUGCAGACUCUGAGCAGAAAAGGCGAGUGAGUGCCCAGAGGUACAUGGCCAGGAAAUCAGGCACAGACUUUGACCUGAAGGGGUGGACAGCCAGGGUCAGACACCCCAGCCAGGGCACCCCCAGCCCAUUCCCAGAAGUAGCUCCUGGAUGGUCUUAGUGAGUAACCCGUGGCCCCCAGACAUCCACCAACACUGCCCGGAAGCCUUCACAACACAGCACACACUGUGGCCUCCUGCCAGGCAGUGAAGAGGUGACAGACCCACCAGAAGCCCUGCUUUUGUCCCUCCAAGAGAGACAGUGUGACAACUGUUGUGGGGACCCAGAGAGGAAGGUUCUAGAAGCCCUUUCACUUCAUAUAACUUUAUGUCUCUAGCAUCUGUCCAUGUUGCUUACUGCAGCCACCACCCACCCUGCUGGACGGACACACACACACACACACACACAUCACUCAAACAAAGAGCUUAGGUCCCCAAGGUUCUACCCUGCCACUGAGGCACUCUACCACUGAUGUCACUGAUGCCACAAUCUCCCUCAGCCCAUAGCUCCGUGGGGCCUGUUUAAUGGACAGUGUGCUUCCUGCCCAAGGAGCCUUCCCUUCUCACCAUGCUGGCCAUUCAGCGGGGGAGAGAGGACAGUGAGAGGCAAGUGCUAAGAGGGGAGGAAGUCCAUUGGGGAGCUUGAGCACUCAGGGCUCUGGACUCUCUGAGUGAAUCCCAGGAGAUAUCCAGGGCAAUAAACACAGGGUGGUGGAUUCCAGGCAGAGCAAAGGGGCAGUAAGGCAGUCUUCACUAAUUUCAACUAGCCCGUAGCAAUCAGGGCAGCUGAGACAGAGAGGGAGGCAGAAUAGAUGAGGGUGGGGAGCCUCAGAGUGAGGAACAAUGCUGUACAAGCACUGGCACCUUGUCCUUUCCUAGAAAAGAAAUUUGUUUGUUUGUUUGUUUGUUUUGUUUUCUUUUGUUUUUGCCUCCAGGGUUAUCUCUGGGGCUCGGUGCCUGCACUAUGAAUCCAUUGCUCCCGGAGGCAACUUUUUCCUUUGUGUUGUUUGUUUGUUUGUUUUCUAAUUUGUAUUGGAUAGGACAGAGAGAAGUUGAGAGAGGAGGGAGGAGAUAGAAAGGGAAAGGGAAACAUAGAUACCUGCAGACCUGCUUCACCACUUGUAAAGUAGACCCCCCCUGCAGGUGGGGGCAGGGCCUCAAACCCAGGUCCUUGCACUUGGUAAUAUGUCCAUUUACUGGGUGUACCAUUGCCUGCCCCCCCAAAAGGAAGAACUUUCUAGAGCACCAAGCAUUUUCCAUACAGCCUGGCUCUUCACUUUCUCAACAGUGCUACAAAUAAGAAACUGCCUUCCCCCCCCCCCCCCCCCCCCCCGUUUUGUGGGUCAAGAAACAGACUCAGAUGGAAACCCAAGCCCAUGGCCCUAGACAGUGCAGCCAGGACUGUGCCGCUGGGCAAAGACUAGCUUUAGGCUGUAUGCUUAAGGAGAGGCACAACUUCCUUUCCUCUUGAUUCCAGUCGUCCUAGGACAGACCCCUAAGGCCUCAUCCAUGCAGAGCAAGAUUGCCAUCAAGGGGUGAUGAUAGACACUGAGUAUGGCUGGAUCAACCCCUGCCUGCAUCCCAUGUGUGGAGCCUAAGCCUGGAGGUGGACAGAGAUUCUGCCAUCCAUCCUGAACUUAGAGCCCCGAGGGCUUAGGGAGUGUUGUGUCCUCCACCCAAGCUCCCUUUGAUCAGAUACUGAGGUUUGGGAGGGGGUGUUAUUACACCUCUGACUCCCUGCAGUGGUGGGUGAUGUUCAUGAAGCCAAGAAGGAGCUGGUGGCCUUGCCUGCCUGGGGCACCUGCUGCAUCUAGAGGUCACUGUCACACAGCAUUAAAGACUAGGUCCAUGUGCUCUGCACUCCUGAGGUUUGCCCCCUGACGUCUCUGAAUGCUCCUGGCUCCAGCAGAUUCAGGAAAAACUGGUAACCCAGGGGUGGGGGGCUAUUGUCACAGCCUGGGGUGAGGAUGGAACAGUCUGCUGGAGGCCUCUAACCCAAAGCUCAGUCACCACCAGCACCGCAGACACAACAAGGGCAGAGCACAGGGACCCACAGCACACCCCUCCUGGCUGGGUGGCCUUGUGGGCAUUGCCCUGCCUCUCUGAGCCUCAGUUUCUUUCCCAUCGAGUAUUUGGGGCUGGAGUGUGGUGGUAGAGGGGUGUGACUGCCCUGUGCAGAAGGCACUUUGUGCAGUUCAGUCCCCUCAAUGUCAGAGGCUCUUCAAACCCCCAGGAGACCCCUCAAAUCAUCUGUAUGAAACCUUAUCCCCACCACAGCAGGUGGCACGGCCAUUAGAUGAGUCAGCUCAAGAAUGAGAGGCAGGAAGGAUGACAAGUUCCAGUAGAUAUUCAGAGUUAGCAUUUCUCAGUGACUUCUCAAAUUGGGUUUUUCAGGAUGCCUACUUUUACUUUCUACUGUGAGCUUCUGACUGUCACUAUGUCCUUUGUAAAAUAAAUUAGUAACGACAACAGAGUAAUAGAGAGAGAGAAGCAAGGAGGAGAGAAAGAAAAUGACCAUAAUCGAACUGCAGAGGAAUGAGUGUUUGGAGCUAUCCUGUGCAGUGAGCGCCACUUGUCAGCACCUCUUCCCCGGGAACCAAGUGUUACUCUCAUGUGGCUUUGUGCUUUCUGCCCUUCUCUGUGUGGUGUCACCAGUGUGUGUUUGGAAAUCUCUACUCAGAACCAAUACCUGGUAGGCAUAUCUGCCCUCCCCAGGGUGUCUGAAGUCUCCCUGCCAAGCAUUCCCCCAGAGGAUGCCUGCAUAUGUGUAGAUGUGCCCCCCACCAGCUGCCAGGCAGACAGCUAAGGAUGGCCAGGCCCCAUAGCAAAAUGGCCUUAACUGAAAACACACACACACAUAUGCACACGUGCGUGCGAGCGUGCAGUUCUGCAGAAAGGUCCAGUUUCUCUCACCAUGGAUGCUUUCAAGCAUCUAUGUAGGCAGCUAGCCAGCCUGAUCCCCCUCGGCAUCAGAAAGGCCUUUAGGCAAAUUUGGCCAUCAAGGUAGGGAGAAGGACUUGGGAUACCGGCAAUGACAUGAACAAGGAAGGGGGUUCAUAGCCACCCACCCCCCAGAAACAUGUCCCCACUCACCAUAUGACCCCAAACUCUUUGGUAAGGCUGUACCCAGCCUCCCUCCUCCCAGAGCCCAGCCGCUCCCACAGAGCCCUGUCCAUGCCACACUGAGCUCAGAGCCUCUAUCACCCCUCCAGCCCACUGUCCCCAUCCAAGCCCACACCUGCAGCUGCGACUCCUUCACCAUGUCACCUCUGGAAGACAUGUCCCCAGUGGGGUCACUGGCUUGGAAUAAUUGUUAAAGGGUGAUAGGUCCCCACCCAGAUAGAAUAGAGUUACUUUUUUUACCUCCACGGUUAUUGCUGGGGCUCGGUGCCAGCACUAUGAUGCCACAGCUCCUGCGGCCAUUUUUUUUUUUUUUUUUUUACCAUUUUAUUGGAUAUGACAAAGAGAAAUUGAGAGGAGAAGGGGAAAUAGAUAGGGAGAGAGAAAGACUCCUGCAAAGCUGCUUCACGACUUGUAAAGCAUCUCCCUUGCAGGUGGGGAGCCAGGGGCUCGAACCUGAAUCCUUGCAGGUCCUAGUACUAUGUGAGUUUAACCCAGUACGCUGCCAUAAGGCCAUGGAAUCAAGUUUCCUGAAGUGAAUCCCUGAGGCCCAUCGAUCCCAGGUGGUAUGACAGCCCCAGGCAGCCUUACUGAGGGCUUUAUUGGAUCGUGUUAAAGGGCAGUUGUAUCGCUAUCCCUGAAAUGCUGUGUCGUGCCAUAGUCUGUUCUACAACUCUGGGGCUGGCAUGGGGUGGCCUUUGUGGAGUUCUGACUUUGUCACUUAUCUAGUGAGCACCUGACAGGUCUCAUGGGUCCCCACAGUUCCCAGACAGUGGUCUCAAGGUCAGAGGGCCAAUGAGCAAGCAACACCAUGUCACUGCCAUUUGCUGCCCCAGGACACAUGACUGGCUGUGGUAGGGGGUGAAGGGGGUGUUCUUUGCACCCUCAGAAAGCUACACCACCUGCCUGCUUCUAGGCUCCCUGACUCCCCGUAGGGCAAGCACAGCCUCAGCCACAAGUUAGUAAUCAUUUCCAUGAACUUUCAGGUCUGAGACCUGAGAGAGCCAAAUGUGGAAAUGGGACAGUAAGGUCAGAGACAAGAGCCUAAGAAAUCCAUCUUCUCCUCCACACAUCCAUCCAUCCACAUCCAUCCAUCCAUCCAUCCAUCCAUCCAUCCAUCCAUUCAUUCAUUCAUCUGUCCCAGGAAUACCUGCCAGACUCCCAGCCUGGUUCCCACCAUUCCCUCCACCCCUCCAACAGCAGUUUCUACCAUAGGCAGACAUGGCAGGGAACAUGGUGUGUUCUGGGAAAGGUGGGGACCAACCAAGUUGGGGGGCCUGCUGAUUGUGACUGACAGUUAAGGAAGGUGUGGAUCCCUUCAGCAAACAAGCGGCUCACCUAUCCUACCCACAAAAGUGACCUUGCAAAUGGCACUGUCCCCCUCUACACACCCCCACACACACCCUAAAUUUCCGGCCCAAACCCCUGCCACAUAGUUGGUGCUAGAUAGAUAGGUGGUGAGUGAGUGGCUUUGACCACUAGGCAUUUCUGUACCUAGGACUCCUAGCUUUAUAUCAAAGCCCAGGUCUUUUUGCCCCUGACAGACUGAAAUCCAGUGCUGCUGCAGUGCCCACCUCUAGGGGGCAGUAUUCACAACACGGUCACAUCAAUGGUAGCGGACUCCCAGAGGCACCACUUCUACCAACUGUGCUGUGAAUAGCCACGCUGCCGGGGCUUGUGCAGGGAGAGACCCUGUUGAGUUGCUCUAAACCGCCCUCCCAGAUGGGACCCCACUGAAUUCAGCUGAGCCCCAAGAGAGGACUCUAUGCACUUGAUAGAAAGUCACAGGUGACACUUAUGCAGGCAUCCAGGGUGGCAUCAAACAGGUGACCCCCAAACACCCUCUUUAACCCAAUCUCCGUCUUGUGCGCUUCCUCCCUUGUUUUCUAUUUUAAACUGGCGACAGGAUGUGGCAUGGCUGGAAUCAGGGUGAGUGCAAUAACUCAGUGGGACCACCAAGCAUGGGGAGUGGAGGCUCCAACGCCUUCACAAGGAAGGCCUCCACCAAGGUUGGCAUGUCUGUCUAUGUGUGUGUGUCCUUGGUCUCAGGCAGCACUGGAAUGCCCCUCCUGUGAGCCCGACACCACCUGAGCAGGAGGCAGGGUUCUCACUGAGAGCUGGUAACCGGGAAAACCAAAAAUCAGUAAUACUCCCAAUAUGAAUCAUACUAAUAAUAUAAUGUACUAACAAGAAUACCGUGUUUUACACUGACUGCUGUUGCACUGCUUUGGUCUUUAUAUACAGUAGUUUUUAUAAAGAUGUCCUUACGUUUUAAUAAAGGAGUGUCACGUCAACUGUU